AUCAGUUGACCGAAUGACCGUCGCUCAUUAGCGUGCUAACGUGCGACACCAUCGGGCGUCUUUGUUUUGUGUGUUACCUCCGUUGGCUCACUUGCCUAUAGAUAAACGAUUAUUUUAUUUAAUAUCAAUCCCAUCGCAAUAGUAAUUAUCUGAUAAACCUAAGUAACAGAGACAAGUGACUGAUAUCGCGCUUCCAGUUGAAACCACCGUAACUGGUUUGGGGAGCACAACUAAAAGAAUAGUGAUUCCGGAAUUGGGGAAAAGCACCUGUUUGAUAGUUUGAAAAAAUGGAGGUGGAUUUGCUGACGGUGGCCGCCAUCGGUGCCAUUGUACUGCUGCUGUUCCACUACGUGUCGAAAAAAUAUCAAUACUUUCUGUCGAAGCCGAUACCCUGUGUAAAGCCGACCUUCUUCUUCGGCAGCACUGGGCCAAUGAUGUUCCGCAGACGCGAUGUGACGUCUCACAUUCGGAUGCUGUACAAUCUAUUCCCUGAUUUCAAAGUGGUUGGAUUUUAUGACUUUAUGAAACCGAUAUUCAUGCUGCGUGAUCCGGAAGUGAUCAAGAAGAUUGCUGUGAAGGAUUUCGAUUAUUUCAUUGAUCACACACCCACCAUGACCUCGGGAAGUCUAGAUGAGCAAACCAAGAACGAGAGUCUUUUCGGUAAUUCGCUAUUUGCGCUGCGUGGCCAGAAGUGGCGCGAUAUGAGAGCUACCCUGAGUCCGGCCUUCACCGGUAGUAAAAUGAGGCACAUGUUCGAGCUGGUGGCACAAUGCGCCCAAUCGAUGAACAACUUCUUCACUGCGGAAACGAAAGCCGGCAAGAAACUGGAGUACGAAAUGAAGGACAUUUUUUCACGCUUCGGUAAUGAUGUGAUCGCUACGGUUGCGUUUGGUAUUCAGGUGGAUUCGCUGAAGGAUCGGGACAAUGAAUUCUACUUGAAAGGUAAACAGAUGAUCAAUUUUCAAUCGCUUAUGGUCUUGGUAAAGUUUCUGAUGUUGAGAAGUAUGCCCCGGCUGAUGCAAAAAUUGGGCAUUGAUUUUCUAGAUUCGAAUCUGACACAGUACUUCAAGAGUAUGAUCACUGAUAAUAUGAAACAGAGAGAAGCGCAUGGAAUUGUGCGUAACGACAUGAUACACAUGUUAAUGGAAGUUCGAAAAGGUGCACUGAAACAUUCGAAAGAUGAACAUGAUCAGAAAGAUGCAGGUUUCGCUACGGUUGAGGAGUCUAACGUUGGAAAGGCUUCACAUUCUAGAGUGUGGACAGAAAACGAAUUGAUUGCGCAGUGUUUCUUAUUCUUCCUAGCUGGUUUUGAUACUGUUUCCACGGGAAUGACCUUCUUAACCUACGAACUAACAAUCAACCCAGACAUUCAGGCUCGCCUGCACGAAGAAAUCACGCAAACUGAGCAGUCUCUCAACGGUAAGCCUCUAUGUUAUGAAGUCCUGCAAAAAAUGCCAUACAUGGAUAUGGUUGUUUCGGAAGCUCUUCGCAUGUGGCCUCCGGCCGUAGUUUCCGAUCGCUUUUGCGUUAAGGAUUACGUGUACGAUGACGGAGCCGGAACACGGUUCGUGAUUGAAAAAAAUCAAACCAUUUGGAUUCCGACGAUUGCCAUUCACGCCGAUCCAAAGUAUUAUCCGAACCCGGGUAAAUUUGAUCCCGAGCGAUUUAACGAACAAAAUCGGUCGAAAAUUGAUGCCGGGGCGUAUCUGCCGUUUGGCGUUGGUCCACGUAACUGUAUCGGUUCUCGCUUGGCGUUGAUGGAGGUUAAAUUGAUCUUGUACUAUCUGCUGAAAGACUUCAGCCUGGAACCAACCGAGAAGACACAAAUUCCUCUGCAGAUGUCGAAGAAUUUUUUUGCCCUCCAGGCCGAAAAGGGAGUGUGGCUGGAAAUCAAACCGAGAAAUGUGUAGAAUGAAAUUUAAAACAAUAUGUCUAUAAUUAUGGAGAAAUAUAUACACGAUGACGGUGAUUAAGUAGUGGUUA